UGACAUCCAUGCUUUAAGAUUUCAUCAUCAAAUCAACCACUAGAGGAAAUGAUUUGUCGUGAUGAGUGUGGCUGUGGCGUAUAUGCAGUUGGACGGCGAAGCAGCCGAUCCACCCGUGAUCUGGACAGUGGACACUUAGAUACUCAUGUUCGUCCCUACAAAGUCCUAAAACAAACCGGGCCGCAAAAUUGAUUCAAAGGAUGAUUUAAAAUUAAGCUUAUAUCGCUGCUAUACUGCAUUCAUGGUAGGUUCAACGAGAAAGUCGCAGAUGAGGCUGUUUUACUAAUUGUUUAAAACAGACUCCAUCACUUGUGUAAUGAUCACGGUUAUUGCUUCAUAUCGUAACGACCAAUUUCCUCUCUCAAUACGCAAAAUUUCUGUUCCCAUACGAAUUUAGCGUGAUCCUGCAUUAGGAAUGAAUCGUUCCUCGCACUCUCAGCUUGCAGCUGGAAAUGAUGGCACCGAAAUACCUCUAGUUUCGAGGCAACAAAGUACAAUUGCAGCUCCCCCUCGUAUACUAGGUUCUUCCGAUCACCAAAAAGUACCAGGGGAUCAAUCUCUAUUUUCAUGGCGUCCAAGGUUUAUAUCUAGAAAGAAAUCCACAUACGACCCGAUAGACUUAGAGAAUAUGGAAUCCACGGCACCCAAUUAUCAUGAUGCGGAAGAUUCAGCACCGCCGUACCUUUCGAUAGGCUUGGAUGAGCCGAGAGAAAACAAAACGCCACUGAAUGACGAGGAUCUCACCUAUCGGAAAGCCGCUCCCGUGGAACCGAAGUCUUUUCGGAGGAAAAUCCGACUCUUGGGAUUGAAAUUUGGUAGAUGGAUCCACGCAAGGGAGGGAGGUCGUAAAGCACAUUUUGAUAUUCAUGGUUUUCAUCUGUUUAAUAAUUAUACCUGUUCUUGCCGUCACCUCGGGUACUGAUAGCAUUAGAAAAGUGGACAUUGCCCCUUUUGUUUUUGAAUGUAAUCGAGGUACCGGAUGGUCCUGGGUGGGAAUCAAUCUUGUAGUUGCUACAGAUUUCAGUUUCGGCACCGCAAAGGCAAUUGAUCUAGCGUGGAAUUGGAUAAUCGGAAGAGGUCUGCAAUGUGUUCUCUCAAUACUUGCCUAUCGGGUUUUCUGCGAUGCAAUAAUGCGAGCUGCUGAACUUACACCGAUGUCUUACGGUAUGUUUAUUUGCCCUUAUAUCUAUCCAAAGAAAUACACUAACCGGGCAAUAGAGCUAUAA